UCCUCGGUAGAGGCCGGCUUUUGGUGCUUAAAACUCUCCGCACGUUUUAUCUUCUUCUUUGAAUCUCCUCCAAAUCAGCAGUUUCCUUUUGUUGGUUUACCAAAUCUCCUACUCUCCAUGAAACCCAUUUCACCGUUUUUACCUCCCACCCCUUUGGCAACCGUAAAUUUCCAAGACUUUUAAUGUUUUUCUCAAAGCGUUUGGGAAUGAAUUCCCUUAGAUAUCAAUCGUUUUCUUGAAUUCAAAGUUGUUUAUGGUUUUCUUUUUGACUGCUGAGACUUUCAAUUUGUUGGCUUUGUUAGGUUUGAAUCUUUAAUGCUUCUUUUUGUUGCAGAUAAAACGUCAAACUUGUCAGUAAAAACUUUUUUUUUGCUGGUUUUUCUGAUACCCUUUUAAAUUCAAACAAUUGGGUUUCAAACUUUGAAUUAUUUGGUUCGAGAAAUGGUUGUUGAUCUCUACUCGGAAAGUUCGAGUAUGGGUACGACGAGUCCAAGAAUUUCGUUUUCUCAUGAUUUCUGUCAAUCCGACGUCGUCCCUGUCGAACACCACCCUCUUCGGUCAAACUCCAUAGAUUUUGACUUCUGUGUUCGUGAGGGGUUCGAUCAAGAAUCUUCCUCCGCCGACGAGCUUUUCUCCGAUGGGAAAAUCCUCCCGACCCAAAUCAAGAAAAAGGCGGUCGCGAUCGCCACCACAAAGCCAAUGGAUCAAUGCGGCUCUCAUCAUCAUCCGCCGUUGCCACUGCCACGUACUACUACAACAACAACAACAAGCGGAAACAAGAGUACUUCAAAGCAAGAGAGCCCCAAAGAAAACUCCAAGUCAUUUUGGCGGUUCACGCGGAGCAGCAGCUGCGGGAGUGGAUAUGGGAGGAGCUUAUGCCCUCUGCCGCCGCUUCUGUCGCGGAGCAAUUCAACUGGGUCUGCAGUAAAUUCGAGGCAGAGUUCUCAGAAGCAUGCAUCAAUGAAAGCAUCACAAUCUUCCGCGUCGGCGGCGGCGGCGGCGGCGGGGGGAUAUCCAAGGCCGCCAUUGAAGAAGGGGAUUCAUGGAUCAUACGGGAAUAUUAAUGGUGUUCGGAUUAGUCCUGUGUUGAAUGUUCCUCCAGCGAAUAAUCUAUUUGGGCUAGGCUCAAUUUUCUCAUCCAGUGGCAGAGAUAAGAACAGGAAGAAGUGAUCGAUCGGAUUCAUUAAUUGAUUGACUUUUGCUGAUAAUUUCAAUUUUUUUAGUAUAUAUUAAUUUGUUUCUUGAUAUUCCGAUUGUGAUUAAGAAAUUAAAAUAUAUAUCUAGAAUUGGGGUAUCGAGAAGAGAGAUAAUGGAAGCUAGGGACAAGAAAUGGCAUAAUUCAAGAGCACAUGGUUUGGAGCACAAAAUGACAGAAAGAGCAAAAAAGACGAAGAUUAGGUGGUUGGUUGUAUGUGAGAGAGGAUGGAGGAGUACUGUUUGAAAUGUUAUUCAGAUUUGAUUUGGAGAGAUUAUGAAUUGAUUUGUUUUUUGGUUGUACUUUGUAUGAAUUGAUUGAUGUAUUAAUAAUAACGACUUUCUUUUCUA